AGCAGUUACUGACUUUGCUCAAACUAAUCGUGAUCUUCAUUUUUAGUCUUCACUAACCAAAUCCAGUCAACUUUUACUUAUUCUUUUAAGUUAAAUUUUAUUUUUGUCUGAAGAUUGGCUCUCUCUCUCUCUACAAAAGUGUAUUAUCUAUCUUUCGACCUGGUCUUACACUACCAUUCGACCACACUAUAUAUCUCUCGUUGUGGUCACUCAAGAAAAUCAAGAAAACUAAAUGGAGGAGCUGAAGCCAAGCGCUGCAAACUCGCCACCGCUGACGCCGUUGAGCUUCCUAGAGAGAGCCUCCACCGUGUACGGAGACUGCACCUCCAUCGUCUACGGCGCUUCCACCGCGCACACGUGGCGGGAGACCAACCUCCGCUGCCUCCGCGUCGCGUCCUCUCUGUCUUCCAUCGGCAUCGGAAGAUCCGACGUCGUCUCCGUCCUCUCCGCCAACACUCCGGCCAUGUGCGAGCUCCAGUUCGCCGUCCCGAUGAGCGGCGCCAUCCUCAACAACGUCAACACCCGCCUCGACGCCGCCACCGUCUCCGUUCUCCUCCGCCACUGCGAGUCCAAGCUCCUCUUCGUCGACGUCUUUUGCUCCGACCUCGCCGUCGAAGCCGUCUCGAAACUCGACAAGCCGCCGAUCCUCGUCCUCAUCGACGAGGAGGGAGAAGAAGAAGGUGCUGACGUGGCGGACCGUUCGAAAUUCAGUUACUCGUAUAACGAUUUAAUUGAGAGAGGAGAUCUGGGUUUUAACUGGAUCCGACCCGAGAGCGAGUGGGAUCCGAUCGUUAUCAACUACACCUCCGGUACGACGUCGUCUCCCAAAGGAGUGGUGCACUCUCACAGGGGUAUUUUCGUCAUGGCACUCGAUUCGUUGAUCGAUUGGACCGUACCGAAGAACCCGGUUUACUUGUGGACCCUACCGAUAUUCCACGCUAACGGCUGGUGCUACCCGUGGGGUAUCGCAGCCGUGGGAGGAACUAACGUGUGUUUACGUAAGAUCCAGGCGCCGUUAAUCCACCGUCUGAUCCGUGAUCACGGCGUUACUCACAUGUGCGGCGCGCCGGUGGUGCUCAACAUGCUGACGGCGACUCACGAGGAGCCUCUUAAAAAUCCGGUGAAUUUUUUAACCGCCGGUUCUCCGCCGCCGGUGACGGUGCUCCUCCGGGCGGAGUCUCUCGGUUUUGUCGUCAGCCACGGGUACGGUUUAACGGAAACAGCCGGGGUUGUCGUCUCCUGCGCGUGGAAGCCGCAGUGGAACCGUUUACCGGCGAGGGACCAGGCGAGUUUAAAGGGCCGGCAAGGGGUGAGAACGGUCGGGUUUACGGAUAUAGACGUGGUGGAUCCGGGUUCGGGUCGGAGCGUGGAGAGAGAUGGUGCGACAAUGGGGGAGAUAGUGAUGAGAGGGAGUUCGAUCAUGCUCGGUUACUUGAAAGAUCCUGUCGGAACGAGAAAAGCUCUAAAGAACGGGUGGUUCUUCACGGGAGACGUUGGAGUGUUGCACGGAGACGGGUAUCUCGAGAUCAAGGAUAGGUCGAAAGAUGUGAUCAUAACGGGUGGAGAGAAUGUGAGCAGCGUGGAGGUGGAGGCGGUGUUGUACACGCACCCGGCGGUGAAUGAAGCGGCUGUGGUGGCUAGACCUGACGAGCAUUGGGGAGAGACGCCGUGUGCUUUCGUGAGUUUGAAACCCGGGUUGACCCGGAAACCCACGGAGAAGGAGGUGAUUGAGUAUUGUAGGAAGAAGAUGCCACGUUACAUGGUGCCUAAGACGGUUAAGUUCCUUGAUGAGUUGCCUAAGACAUCUACAGGGAAGAUUCCUAAGUUCGUGCUCAAGGAGAUGGCUAGUAAAAUGGGUUCCACGAGGUUAAGUCGGUUGUAAAGAAUGUAUACUAUAGUUUGAUUUAAUAACAAGCUAUGGACGGAAGUAUAAGGUAGAUGGCUCAGACUGCUGCAUGAGUGUGUGCUUUUUACAUGGGCUGCGGUUGAGUGUGUUUGGUUUUUUUUUUUUUGUCACUGAGUGUGUGUUUGGUUUAGUUUCUUUAUUUGGUUUGGGAUUUUUCGAGUUAUAUGAACUCAGUUGCGUAAGCAUUUAAGUUAUGGGUUCAGUUUGAUGCCAGGAUUGUGUGGUGAUACCCUUUCUCUUUACUAAGGUUCAGUUCAUGUUUUUCUGUAUUAGCUUUGUAACAUUUUAAGCUUUGUUUGAAUAAAUGGGACUUCUGACUA